CGCACAAAAAGUUCUAUUCAGUUCGAUCGAGCAACUGAAAAGAACCGAUUCAAAAUAACGAAUCGUUCAGAAGAGACGGCGCUUCAGACGGAGGCAAGGAGACGAAAAAACCCACCGCUGCCAAAAUCCUCAUUUUUGGAGACGCUCAUUAAAUGGGAAUUAUCGUCCGCUUAGUGUCCGUUUCGUGAAGAGAAACGUGCCGCUGGAAAACGAAGAUGGCUUGAGAGACACGGACCUUCUUUAAACCUUAAGUGGCGAGUUUUCCGCCGUUUUCUACUCGUCGGUUAACGGCUCAUUCUUGUCAUUUUUUUCUGUAGCUCUGACUUUGAACGGCUCGUCUGAGACGUUUGCUAACUGGCUAACGUUAACGGCGCUUCUCGUCUUGAAGAAGAAGCGGCGAUGUUUGGCGGCUUUUAUUCGGUUUCUGGUUUUGCUGCUUAGCUGUUUGGGGGAUUUAGCGUAAACGUUAAGCUAGCAGGGCGGCCAGUCUUAGGAGAAAGCAGGAUAAUGUGCGCUAACGUUAUUUCCUUCACCUCAGAGGCGAAGUUGCCAACGACCCGAGAGAAUUUGCUGCUGAUUCAGGCUACACCGCUGCCCUCCGCUCUGUUAGUGCUGCUGGACCAUUGUCUGGGUUUUUAGCUGAAAGAGAGGGAAUGGCUUGUAUUAAUUAAAGUAUGUAUUUAAUGAAAUGAAACUCCGUUAAAGAGCACCGUUAAAACCGACUGAAAAAAUCGUGGUCAUUCAGCGAAAACUGUUUCUGUGGAAUAUCACUGUAAGACCUGGAGAAAAUGGAAAACGAGGUGUUCACGCCUUUGCUGGAGCAAUUUUUGCUCACUCCUCUUGUGGCCUGGGUGAAGACUGUGGUCCAGCCAACCAUGAACGAUGGAAGCAAGCUCUCUGAAUACAUGGAAUUAGUGGAUGGCGCGUACUUGAACGAGGUCAUGCUUCAGAUAAAUCCUAAAGCAUCCACCCAGAGAGUCACCAAGAAAGUGAACAAUGACCCAGUAUUACGUGUACAGAAUCUCUCCAUCCUUAUACGGCGGAUCAAAACAUAUUAUCAGGAGACCCUGCAGCAGCUGGUGAUGAUGCCUCUGCCCAAUGUGCUGGUGCUUGGCAGGACCCCACUUACUGAGCAAGGCUUGGGAGAAGUGAAGAAACUGUUGUUGCUCUUGCUGGGUUGUGCUGUCCAGUGUGAGGAAAAAGAGGAGUACAUUGAGAGAAUCCAGACACUGGACUUUGACACAAAGGCAGCUAUUGCGUCUCACAUUCAAGAGGUCACCCACAAUCAAGAAAAUGUUCUGGAUCUGCAGUGGCUGGAAGGUGGGGAGUCUCCCCCUGAUGACCUGGACUCUCUCUCUAGAAACCUGGCCUUCCACCUCAAACACCUGGUGGAUGAGAGAGAUGAACAGCUGGAGACCAUUGUGGAGCUGACUCAGGAGAGAGACUGUGGUCACUUCUCGCCCCCUGCACCCAGCGCCCAGUCACCCAACGACUCGCCCAGUAUGCGCCGCACUGAGAGCAGGCAGCACCUCUCCGUUGAGCUGGCAGAUGCCAAGGCUAAGAUUCGACGCCUUCGACAAGAGCUAGAGGAGAAGAGUGAACAGCUAAUGGACUGCAGGCAGGAGCUGGAGAACCUAGAGAAAGAGCUAAAGAGGAUUCAGCAAGAGAACCUACAGUUGCUGUCUGAUGCACGGUCUGCCAGGGCCUACCGUGAUGAGCUGGAUGCCCUGAGAGAGAAAGCCAUCCGAGUGGACAAGCUGGAGAGUGAAGUGGGCCGUUACAAAGAGAGACUCCAUGACAUUGAGUUUUACAAAGCCAGAGUGGAGGAACUGAAAGAGGACAAUCAGAUUCUUCUGGAAACAAAGAGCAUGCUAGAGGACCAGCUGGAGGGCUCCAGAGCUCGUUCUGAUAAACUGCAUGAAUUAGAGAAGGAGAAUCUGCAGCUGAAAGCCAAAAUCCAUGACAUGGAGAUGGAGCGGGACAUGGACAGGAAACGCAUAGAAGAGCUAUUGGAGGAGAACCUGACAUUGGAGAUGGCUCAGAAGCAGAGCAUGGAUGAGUCCCUGCAUUUAGGCUGGGAGCUGGAGCAGCUCUCCAAAACCACCCCUGAGCUCACGGAGGUUCCACAGAAGUCUCUGGGUCAUGAGGUGAAUGAGCUGACCUCUAGCCGGCUCCUGAAGCUGGAGAUGGAGAAUCAAACGCUCUUGAAAACAGUGGAGGAGCUGAAAAGCUGUGGGGAGGCUAGUACACGCCUCCUCAAAGCCGAGAAGGAGAACCAGAAACUCAGCCAAAAGCUGGAACAGCUGGAGAACGAGAUGCAUGUGGACAGAGAGAGCCUGCGCAGUGCUGAGAGCCUCAGCUCAGACCUGAUGAAGGAGAAAGCACAGCUACAGAAAACCUUAGAAACACUGAGAGAAAACUCAGAGAGACAGGUUAAGGGACUGGAGCAGGAAAAUGACCACCUGAACCAGACCAUUGCCUCUCUCAGGCAGCGCUCUCAAGUCAGCGCUGAGGCCAGGGUCAAAGAUAUAGAGAAGGAAAACCGUGUGCUUCAUGAGUCCAUCAAAGAGACCAGUAGCAAGCUCAACAAACUUGAGUUUGAACGCAAGCAACUGCGCAAAGACAUGGAGUACUAUAAAGAGAAAGGCGAGAAGUCUGAGGAGCUAGAGAUGGAGGUCCAUCGCUUAGAGCGGGAGAACGAAGGGCUGCAGAAACGGGUGGCCAGCCUCAGCAUCACCUGUGAGAAGGUGGAGGCCCUGGAGAAGGAGAACACUGAGCUAGAGACGGAGAGCAGAAAGCUGAAGAAGAAGAUCGACGGGCUGAGAAAUACAGCUCUCCAGCUAGAGGCCUUGGAGAAGGAGAAUGCUCAGCUGGAUGAGGAGAACUUGGAGCUACGGCGCAUGACUGAAUCACUAAGGUCUGCAGGCGCCAAAGCCGCUCAGCUAGAGCUGGAGAACAAGGAGCUGGAGAGUGAGAAAAGCCAACUACAGAGGAGCCUGGAGCUGUUGAAAGCUUCGUCAAAAAAGACUGAAAGACUGGAAGUGAGCUACCAGGGCUUAGACUCUGAGAACCAGCGGCUCCAGAAGGCCCUGGAGAACAGUAGCCGCAAGAUCCAGCAACUGGAAGGUGAGCUCCAGGACUUGGAGAGCGAGAACCAGAGCCUCCAGAGGAGUCUGGAGGAGCUCAAGAUCUCCAGCAAGCGUUUGGAGCAGCUGGAGCAGGAGAAUAAAGUGUUAGAGCAAGAGAGUGCACAGCUGGAGAAAGACAAGAAGCAACUGGAGAAAGAGAACAAGCGCCUGCGACAGCAGGCUGAAAUCAGAGACUCCAAAUUAGAUGACGACAAUCAGCGUAUCUCGCAUCUUGAGAAGGAGAACCGCGCCCUUAGCAAGGAAGUGAGCACCCUCAAAGACUCCUACAAUCGGGUUAGAGACCUUGAAAGGGACAACAAGGAGCUAGUGAAGCAAGCCACAAUCGACAAGAAGACACUGGUCACAUUGAGAGAGGAGCUGGUAAGUGAGAAACUGAGAAGUCAACAGAUGAAUAAUGACCUGGAGAAACUAACUCACGAGCUGGAAAAGAUUGGUCUGAAUAAAGAGGGACUGUUGCACGAUGAACAGAGUUCUGAUGCCAGAUUCAAGCUGCUGGAGUCGAAGCUGGAGUCCACUCUGAAGUCUUCACUAGAAAUUAAAGAGGAGAAGAUUGCCUCCUUGGAAGCUAGACUACAGGAGUCUUCCAACCUCAACCAGCAGCUCCGUCAGGAACUCAAAACAGUCAAGAAGAACUAUGAGGCUCUGCGCCAGAGGGAAGAAGAGGAGCGCAUGGUGCAGAGCUCGCCCCCUAGAGGAGUUGAAGACUCACAGACUCUCAGUAAGUGGGAGAAGGAGAGCCAUGAGGCCACUCGAGAGCUGCUGAAGGUCAAAGAUCGGCUAAUAGAGGUGGAAAGGAAUAAUGCCACUCUACAAGCAGAGAAGCAGGCCCUCCGCACCCAGCUGAAACAGCUUGAGACUCAAAGCAGUAAUCUCCAGGCUCAGAUAUUAAACUUGCAGAGACAGACCGGCUCACUGCAGGAGAACAACACUACCCUGCAGACCCAGAAUGCCAAGCUACAGGUGGAGAACUCAACAUUGAACUCACAGAAUGCAGCACUGGCAACCCAGAAUGCUCAGCUGCAGAGCCAGCAGUGCAGCGCAGAGAGUGAGAGAGAUGGGGCAGUGCGGGAGCGAGAGGAGCUCCGCACCACCUAUGAGCUCCUCCUGCGGGACCAUGAGAAGCUGGCAGCCCUCCAUGAGCGGCAAGCUGCUGAAUACGAGGCACUGAUCGGCAAACAUGGUGGCCUGAAGACUGCGCACAAGAGUCUGGAGGUGCAGCACCGAGAUCUGGAGGACAGGUACAACCAGCUGCUGAAACAGAAGGCUCAGCUGGAGGAGCUGGAGAAAGUGCUGAAGGCAGAGCAAGAGAAGAUGCUCUCAGAGAACAAGAGCCACCAGGCCACAGCUGCAGAGUACCACAAGCUGAAGGAAGACAAUGACAAGCUCAACACUACCUACCAACAGCUGCUGAAAGACAAUGAGGGGCUUCAGGCUGACCACAAGAACCUGAAGAGCCAGCUGAAUGCAGCCAAACUGGAGCAGACACGCCUGGAGGCUGAGUUCUCCAAACUCAAAGAGCAGUACCAGCAGCUGGACAUCACUUCCACCAAACUCACCAACCAGUGUGAGUUAUUGAGCCAGCUGAAGGGGAAUUUGGAAGAGGAGAACCGGCACCUGCUGGACCAGAUCCAGACCCUCAUGUUACAGAACCGGACACUACUAGAGCAGACAAUGGAGAGCAAGGACCUGUUCCAUGUGGAGCAGAGACAAUACAUAGACAAAUUAAAUGAGUUAAGAAGACAGAAGGAGAAGUUGGAGGAGAAAAUCAUGGAUCAAUAUAAAUUCUACGACCCCUCACCUCCCCGAAGAAGGGGCAAUUGGAUCACUCUGAAGAUGAAGAAGCUGAUCAAGCCGAAGAGCCGUGAGCGAAUGCGAUCCCUCACCAUCACUCCCACCCGCUCUGAGUCCACUGAUGGUUUCCUGGUCGGCACGUUAGCGCUGCCAGACAGUCAGGACAGUUCAUCUAUGGGAUCUGGAUCACUGGAUGACCCCCUGAGCCACAAAAGAAGCAGCAGGAGGAGAGCGCAGCACAGCAAUGCGCAAGGCUCCUCCAAUGCACUGAAAAGGCUGCCAUUUAUGAGGAACAGAUCCAAGGAGAAAGACAAAGAGAAGGCCAUCUACCGGCGUUCCAUGUCCAUGAACGACCUGCUGCAGACAAUGGCGCUGGCCGGGGGCCAGUGGACCGGCAGCACUGACCACUUGGAGGCCCCCGAGGAGGCAGCGUCAGCAUGCGGCAGCCAGCGCAUGAAGGAGCUGGGAUCUAUGGCAUACUCCACCAAUGCCAUCAACUACGCCACCCUCAGUCUGCCCGCCGGCCACAGCACCAAGCAGAAGCUUAAGAACAAAGAUAAUGCAUCCUGUGAAGAUGUUACACCAACUUCUUCAGAUGAGCAGAGUGGAGUUCGGACUCAAGGACCACAACUCUUUAGCAGUGCUGAAACCCUCUCUCCCCCAGCUCCCUCCUCAUCCACCAUGUGCAGAGUUCCCUGUAACAUCUGUAGUACAGUGAAUGGCACUUUGAGCAGGCCCCACAGCGAGAGCAGUGGUGAGUUCAGCCUGAGCUUGGACACAGAGGUUUGGUCCAGUGGGAGUAGCCCAGUGCAGCAGUCACAUUCUCAGAGAUCAUCUCAUCAGAGCCCCCUGCAGCUCCGGAAGAACAUGGAACCGACAGGCGCCCAGAGCAAGAGGAAGACCGGCUCUCCUGGCAGUGAGGUGUUGUCCCUUCAGCAGUUCCUGGAAGAGAGCAUAGACCCCCCUGAGUCCGGCAGCCAAGAGAACCUGACCGGAGAAUCACCCCGUCUGUCAGGAGCGUCUGAGCCCGUGCAGAAGGAUCGUGCCAAGGGGCGGGGCAUCCUGCGCUCUGCCAGCGGAAAAGCCACACCCUCGGACUCCAGCACCACACGAACGGGGCCAGGGCGUCCCAGCCUGCGCAAGGCUGAGAGCACCCGUGUUAAGGGCAGCCAACCCAGACCCAACCUGACCUCUCAAGGGAAGGCCACGUCCGUGUCCGAGCGCCUAGACGCCACUCCCUCCUCCUCUUCCUCCUCUGCAGGUUUGCCCCGGGCCAGCAGUGUCAUCUCAACAGCUGAGGGAAGCACACGCCGGACCAGCAUUCAUGACCUGUUGUCGAAGGACAGUCGCCAACCAGUGUCCGUGGACCCCUCGCCCUCCAAGAGCAGCAAACCUCGAGCCCAGCCUGUGCCCAGUGAGUACCCAGCAUCCCCCAGAGCACACCCCCACGCGCCACCCCAGCCUAGCCACCCCACACCGCUGCCCAAGUCCGCCAGCAUGCCGUGCACUGGCCACGCCCCCAGCGUAGAAGACCCUGAGCUGUCCAGUCUGCAAGCCUUCCUAGGCCCCUCCUUUACUGUAGAUUCAGUCUUCCUGGACUCCAUCCUCAGUGAGCCAGUGUUUGCGGGUGGCGCUAGAAACCAAGCCAUCCUCUCUCUCAAUACCUCCCUAGUUAGUAACAUCAGUGGUCCUCCCCUCAAGCCCAGAGAGCCCAAGCCCAGUCAGAACCAGUCAAACGGCCUCCCUGACACCAAGAUAGAUGGGAAAGGCAGUGAUAACAAUCAUGUGAGCGUUUCCGACCAAUCAGCUCCUUUGAGUUCAGAGGACAGCCAAUCGCUGUGGUACGAAUAUGGCUGUGUCUAAUGUGUGAGAUCAUGUGACCUGUUUCCUUUGUGGUGAUGGUUAAACACCUGCAUGAACGCUUUGAGCACUACCAUGGUAUCUGUUUGUUUUCCUUUCCUCGUUUUGUUGCUGACUCCAUAACCACGCUCUCAGUCCGUUUGGCCUGUCUUUGAUUCUGUGGGAGUUUGGUUCAGAACAAUCCCUCUGUCCAACUGUCGAAUGUCUGCAUGCGUGGUAAACCUUAUGUCUUUUAUGGUUUUGAUUUCCACAAGACACUUCAUGUGCCAAUAUGUUCCUUUGUUUAUUAAGAUGUACAAUAAUCAUGUCACCAUGAUUAUUAUCUAAAUCACAAAAUUAAGCCAUUGCUUGUAGCUUUUUGUAAACAUCAUACAGCUUUGCUCCUUGUGGACUUUUUAUCAUUUCACCAUUCUGCUAAUUUAUCUUUUUUUAUCCUGUGCCUACAUUUGCGUGUUCAUAAGUUCCAAAGUUAGCUUAGGCUGAUCUACUUUGAUAUUUAAAUAAAGUAAUUAGGCUUGUGGAGCAUGUCCCAUGAUACUCUGUCUUAUCAGGGCUAUUUAAAAGACUAACAGACAUCAGUGUAAAAAUGAAUUUCUUCAAAUCUGUUCUUCAAGUUACUUUCUAUAACUCCUACAAGAUUAACUAGAAGGGCUUGGAGAGAAAGCUUUUCACAGGGGAUGUCUGACAUUAUGCACUGUUGAUUCUUCUUGGUAUCUGGGACUAUCUUACAUAAAAGUGGGUUCACUAGAUUAUUGCUAAGUCACUGCAUGGCUUUUCCUUCUCUGUAUUGAUCCUGAGAUUCUGUUUUGAUUGCCUCAAUCAAAAAGAAUGGUUCAACUGACGUUAUCUCAUGUGGAUGUUCUGUUUUGUUUUUGUUUUGUUUACUUGUUAUCAGUACAGUACUAUGUGGGCGAUUGAGCUGUCCAGUUAGGUUUAACUACGCUAUAUUGAGAAAUAUCUUAAAAGAUUCAUCAGUCGCAUCUUAAAAGUGAGAGAAUUUGCCUAUCCAUGCUCCGCCCACAAAUGCAUUCUUCCUUAUCAAAUGUUGCUGAACAAGCUGUAUAGAACAUUGUCAAAAAUCCCAUUCAAACUAACCAGAAAUUGUAGCAAACAGUCUGCUACUAUGUUUUAGUCACUGCAUAAUAUUCUGGUUUAAAAUACCACACUACUGCACCGUACUGGGCUGCUCUAGCUAAUUGAAACUAGGAGUGUUGGUAAUGAUGGCGAUAUAAAAUUCGCUACCAUGUUAAACAUUAGCUCAAUUACACAACAAAGAACAACUACACCUAAUCCGAAAGAACACAUUUGAGGACAGAGCAUAGAUAGGUCACUGUGGAUUUCUUAUGAGAUUAAAGGCUAAGUGUACAUUUUAAAGUUCUUCUUAAAUAAGGGUUCUUUUGCAAAGUACAUGUACCAAACAUACCUUUACUUAUGUCACGGAAGUAGCGCAAUAUAUAAUAAUUGUAGUGAUUUAUUAUUUAUUUGUUGCUCCUUUAUUUCCUGAUUUUUUUUUUCUUCCUAUUUAUCAUGUACAUAUACAGUUCCGUGCUUUUUUUUUUGUAAUAUUUAGUUGUAAUAUCACCUGCCUUUGUCCUGCAGAUGUGGAAGUGUUACAAGAACGCAGAAAAUCAAAAAGCAGAUCGGGAGAGCAGCAAAGCUCCUAAACAUUAGCCACAAGGGCUAGUGUUUUCACGAGCUUGAAGGGGUGAGUGUCGCUGCCCGCGAGGGGGGAUGGGAGGUCGCUAUGGUAACCCGGAGCGGUGGAACAGAUGUCUGAGCUGCACGUGCUUGCUUUUCCGUGCUGGUCUCUGGUGACUGUGGAGGCCAUGUAGAUGAUGGAUCUUGGCCUGCAUUGUUCACUGUGUGGGGUGGGGUGGGGUGGUUUUUUUGGCCUAGCUCUGCUUUCUGCCCCCCCCAGACAUCCUCUGAUCCCCCCACUCCCUCCUUCUCAGUGGAAGUUUGACUGAGUGUCUCUAUGUCCCUGCUGAGGUAAAUCUGUAGUCUGAGCAGAUUUCAGUCAUUCCCCCUCAGACGUGGCUUCAGUUACUGCAUGGUGUUAGAAAAUCUUGUGGCUGGAAACUCCCUUGCUUACCCAGCGCAUGCUGGUUUCUCCUGCCUCUAUAUUUAUGUGUGUGCAUGGACCGCGGAACAUAUUUUUGAUCAGCUUUAAUUUUAUGUUAUUUCAUUUUUGUUUCAUAGCAUUGCUAUCAAGAUUGUCAAGGCUGUCAAUCUGCUCCCAGAGUCCUAUGAUAGUUUGGUACUGCUUGCAGAGACUGGCCUAAUUAGUUAAAAUUAAAUUGGUGUAAUGAAGCAGUGGUCAAGUAAGGAUCUUUUUAAUGUGUUGAUUGUGAUACAGCUAGAUCCAGUAGGGAUAUAAGUAGUGGUUGGCUGAUUUGGAUUUUUCAAGUCUCCUCUGAUAUUUUGAAAGAAGUGUGGCCAGGCUGACCAACAGUAUCAUUCCAGGAGUGGUUUAUUCUUAAAUACAGCCAAUGAAUAGAAAUUACAAUAAGAAAGACAUUUGUUAACCAUAAGAUUUACCAAAUAACAUUAAGAAAGCAAUAAUGUGAAAGUCCACUUAAAGCACAUUUGACCAAAAAUGAGCCAAAAACUCAAAAAGCUCAUAAAGAGCCAUUCUGUAUAGGGGUGGGCAGUAUAAUGAUAUUUACUGUUGUCAUGAUAAAUUAUGUCACAUUAUAUCAUAUUAUGCUUUUCAGAACAUAUUGUGGAUAUCGUCAACAAACUGCAUUUCGCAUUAUAAAAAGAGCACAAUUUGGCCCAUUUAAUUUAAUUUAGUGCCGUAUGUGAAGCAUUGAAUAUAAAUCAUUAUAUUUGCAGUUUUGUAGAGUAUUUUUUAAAUUUAGUUUUUGUUUGUUUGUUCCAAUUCCAAUCAUCAAGCCUCAGGAAAAACUGAAUAUCAUGAUAUGAUGCAUAGUGUAUACUGUGAAAAUGUCUUUUUCAAAAGUAUUUUCAUUUUAUUAAAAUAUUGCCCACCCCUAAUUCUGAUUAUCAUUGCUUUGAUAAAGCUAAUUUAAGCUAGUGUCCCUAUUAGAUCCGCAAGCAUGAAGCUCUCUUUUGAGAUAUCUGCCUGUUCAAGUGAGAACCACAGAAUGUUAAGUCUUACAUGUAGUCUUGUAUGUUUGGUUUACAUCAGCUGGUCAAUGUAUUGUUUGAUCAGUGCUUGUGAGUCAGGUUUAUCAUCUGUUUCCAUGCAACAUAAUGGGUAGGAUUGGCCCACAUUUUAAAAAAUGGGCCGUGCCAUGGCCACCCGUUCCGCGGUCUGUGUGUGUCUGUCUUCUGUCUCACCAUUUCUGCCUGUAACCUCAUUUUUCUGACCUUCUCUCUUCAUCUCUUCACUUCCUCCUUGUCUGCUGCCAACUCAGAGAGAAAAGUGACCUUCGACCUGACAGUCUGAAGCCUUGUUAAAUGUUCUGAGAUGGUCUUCGCUGAGAAAUGAUUGAAAGAUUGUAUGUCCUUUUUUGAAACAAUAAGGAUCCUUUCUCUGUUAUGAAAAUAAAGCAUCCCUUUUCCUUGAAUCAAGGAAACAAGACUUCUAAAAAAAAUGUUUCUUGAGUAUUGACCGUUUUUGACAUAGCACUGCUGUAUUAUGGUGUUAUAAUAGACUACUUGUGCACUCCUUAAGUGGACCAUUCGUUUGGUGCCAAUGUUUGCUCCACUGAGUCAGAGGGAGCGUUUUUACCAAACUGUGCGGACUCCAGUUGGACCCUGGCGUGACUCUCAAUCAGCUGGCCUUUUUUUACACUCUGCCAGUGGACUUUCUUUGUCUUACGAGCAUGCAUGCGAUGCUGCAUCUCUAAAGUUAGAAGACCGGUGUCGUACAACGAUCUGCACAAAUGCAACAUGGAUCACCACAUUCUGCAUGGAGCAAAGUCGAUCAACACGCCUCCCUUUCUUCCCUUCGCCAAUCAAAGUGGAUAGUAACGUGAGUGGUUUCUCUGAGUACAAAGAAAAAGAAGAGAAAAAGACUCUAUGGGAAACUUCUUGCUUUUGUCACCUGGGUGUGCCAAAAACAAGAGUACAGCAGGUUCCUGCCUUUGGCAAGCUGUGUGUGUGUGCCUGUAAGACUACUGUCACCAUUCAGACCUGGCAUCUGCUUCCUUUUCCACUUUUACAUAAAUGCAUAAAUGUCA